AUGAACAGUGGCUACGGAGACGAUAUUUUUGAAAACGGAUGGGCAGCAUCUUCGCCAGAACAACCGCUGGCUUUUGGAUCUCGGCCAGUGCUGGCAGAGCCCGCGGUUCUCUCGUCGAAGGCGUCCCAACAAUACCAAACUUUGUAUGAACAUCUCCAUGGCAAGGUCAAGUCCGUGACCGAAUUGGAGGCGGUUGUAUUUGCGCCAUUGAUAGCGCAUCAUAGUCUUACGGGUUAUCAGAGUAGUCGUAUCAUUGACACCAUGUAUGACCAUAACAUAUUGCCGCCCAACGUAGAACGCAAUUUCCACCAGAUCAUGGGGCUUCUUGCUCUCGAGCUUGAGGUGAGCGGCCUGGGAGACUAUGUGACUCUUCAGUUUCGGCUCAAUUCGGGGCUCCCACCGCUCCCCGAGGAGCUGUACCAGCUACUUCUCUCCGACGAAGGUGAACAGAAACCCCUCUCACACCAAGAUAGUCCUGGGCCAUUGGCCUCGCUGAUUGGAAACCUUGCAGUGUCUGACUCUGCAAAGCCCCAGGACACCGAGUGGACCGCCACAACGCUUGACAAUCCACUCAUGGCAGACCACUCAGUUCUCCUGAUCGAUCCUGACUCCUCUGUUGCUGAUGCUGCUCACGGAAACGAUGAGAGCUACGUAAAAAAGUACAUCACCGACCUCCGGGACGAAUUCUCGCCCUUGGUAGGUGCUGUUUAUCCGAUCAAAAUUAAGGAAGUGCCCGAGAAAGAGGGCCUUGUCUUUAAACACAUCAAUUACACAAUUACGCACGAACUCAGUUUAGGAGUGGAGGUCACAGGAGGUGCGAAAAAAGUGAUCCGUCGAUACUCUGACUUUGUUUGGCUUCUCGAGUUUCUUCUAAAGAAGUAUCCCCUUCGAGUAAUCCCUGGUCUUCCUCCUAAAAAAUUUACCGGUAUGUUUCUCACUUCAGCUAUACUUAUGUUUUUCUCACGAAUCUCCUCUAUUGCUCUCGACACUUUUGUCACUUUCUUAUAA